UUCAUAUUCUGCCAUAGUAUUUUGGUCUAAAUGAGACACAGUCACGUCUCCGCCCUUGUACCGAUCUCUCACUUCGAGUCCGACCUGUUUUUAGCGGAUUUCCUUUGAAAUGGUUUCGGGAACGCAGGGGAGAUUCCAACUGGAGCGCGGAGGCAAAGAAGGGAAUGAAUAGCGGGAUAAGUACACCACCCAACCGGCGGACAUUUGUUUUAUUGUGUUCCUAUUGUCGCGCUUUUUUAAUGUAGAAGGCUGAUGUUAAGCCACGUACGCACAGAUAUCUAGUGUACUUUUCAUUUGGUAAAAUGGAAAGUGCGCGGACUGUCGUUGACGAAGGCUUGGCAGAUAGAACUGCAACUAAGUUUAAGAAGCCUAGCGGACUGUCUGUCGCCCAGUGGACGCCAGUGGAUGAUGGUGGUGUACAUUUGACGGCCUCUCGUUUAGAUAUUAGAAUUGGGAACAAUCCCUCUCAGGCUGCAGUUGGUUCUCGUGCUUCAAAUAAAAGUAACGGAAGCACAUCUACGAAUGGCCGGAGUUUAUCCAGUAACUCCAACUCGCUCCUGUUGAGACGGAGGAGGCUGAAGAGGAACCUCUCCGCUGCAACCACAUCGGCUGUCACUGCCGCCUGCGGCGCCAAGAUGAACUCGACCCUCUCCUCUGCGUCUCUGCAUACUCGGAGUCUGGAUAGGAAGACGUUGCUGAGGCAUCGGCAGAACAUGCAACUGCAGCCUUCAGAUAGAGAGUGGGUGCGAGUGGAUCUUCACAGGGGAUCCAUACAUGUCCACGACAAACUCACCUCGCCGUCAUAUCCUAGGCCGGUGCUGUGCACGAUCGAUACCACCGCUGGCGACAUGGCGCUCCGUAUGAGCAAACUCAGUAAGUCGAGCUCUGUAUUGCGUAUAUUUUGUAAAGACAACCUAAAGACGGAUCGAAACGGAAACUGUAACGUGAAGUAUCUAUAUGACAGUCAGUGCAAACUUAUUGAAGACGGUAACGUUAAUAUUAAGUGCAACCAUUCGGGAUCCCCAGAAUUCAGGGGCGGCCUAUCAGACAAGGCAAGUGACCGGUUGAGAUUACUACUUAUGGAGAACGCCGAUGAGUUGCAAAAGCAACAGGAUGAAAAACUUUUGAGUCCGGACUCGGAUUCAAAAGAUAAUAUAACUCACUCGUUGUCGGAUCAAAAUUCGAAUUCUAACCUGGAUACUCCAAACGAGGAUGAUCCAGAACAGCGGCUGAACGGAGUGGACAACUACGGGCUCAAUUCUGGUUCGGACGUGGAGAGCAGCAGCGCAUUCGAUGACCUCAGCAUCUCGGGGGUUCGGCUCAGUGAGCACCGGGACUCCCUCAGCGACGACAUGAUCCUGGGCACAGACGCAUCCAUCCUGAGCCCUAGUUUUGACAGCGCCACGGAGGGCCACGACACCUAUGGCAGCUCCUCAGACGAACUGGAGCUCGACUGUCCUACCACAAGCAUCGACCCUAUUCUCCCGAACGGCAACACAGUCUCUACCAACUACACGUUUAGCAACGGUGGGCAUUUAAACGAAUUGACAGAGGAUACGGGAGCAGGUAACAGACUCUGUCUAAGCAGGCUGCCACCCAGUAGUAGCGGUAGCUCAUUGUCCCGGGCCUGUUCGACAGGUCAUAGGCCCGACAUCCAUCCUGACAAUCGCCAGCGUACUUUGAAAACAGGUUCGGCAGAGGCUGAUGAGGAUAGAGAAGCAGCAGGUGACACGAGUCCCACACUUUACGUUCAGCUCCACGGUGACGCUGUCAGGAGGCUCGGGCAAGACGAGAGGCCUCUCCAGAUCCAGAAUGACUUUCUCUUUAAACUGGGAUUUAAGGAUCCGUGGCGCGUGCAGGAGGAAGGGAUGAACACCGAGAUUGGCUCCCUGUUACGGUUUUACGCAGGGAAGCCCCACAGCAUUGAGAGCUCGGAGCGCGUGCAGCUGUCGGGGACCUAUAACGUCCGCAAAGGGAAACUCCUGCUACCAGUAAACCGGUGGACCAGACGCCAGGUCAUCCUGUGUGGCACCUGCCUCAUCGUCUCCUCCGUCAAAGACAGCCACACGGGCAAGAUGCACAUCCUGCCCCUCAUCGGAGGAAAGGUGGAGGAGGUGAAGAAGCACAGCCACUCCCUGUCGUUCAGCUCAGCAGGGCCCCAGAGCCAGACCUACUAUGUCAGCUUUGACAGCUUCACUGAACACUUGCGCUGGCAUAGACACGCAGCUAAGAUGGUGUCCCAAAGGAUCAACUCUGUGGACCUGUCCUGCUGCAGUCUGGAGCAGCUGCCUCCCAACCUCUUCUACAGCCAGGACCUCACCCACCUCAACCUCAAACACAACUUCCUCCCCACAGACCACCGUCUACACCAGCUACAGAGGUUCUCUCGUUUGCGGAGCCUCAACCUGUCUAAUAACCAGCUGGGUCAGUUCCCCAUGGCCAUCUGUGACAUCUCCACCCUCACCGAGGUCAACCUCAGCUGUAACUACCUGACCAAUGUGGACCAAGCUGUGGGAUCCAUGACCAAUCUGCAGACGUUUCUCCUGGACGGUAACUGUCUGAGUGAGUUACCCAGUGAGCUGGGCUCUCUCCAGAGACUGGGCUACCUGGGCCUGUCCUUCAACCAGUUUACCCACGUGCCCCAGGUGCUGGAGCGGCUGACCUCCAUGGAGAGACUGUGUAUGGCUGGAAACAGCCUGGACACACUGGUGCUGCAGAGCUUCAGACUGCUCCGGUUCAAACAUGUCGACCUACGGCUGAAUAAGAUCCGGGUGGUGGUUCCAGAUGAGCCAGACCUGCUGAGACACGUGACCCAGCUGGAUGUGCGUGACAACGGGCUGGAGGAGCUGGAUGCCUCCCUGUUUCCCCACCUGGAGGUCCUCCACUGUGAGAGGAACCACAUUGUCACCCUCAAGGCCAAGGGCUCUAUGCUCAAGGCUGUCUACGCACAGAACAACGAUCUACAGGAGCUAGAUGUCAGUCCAGUGCCAUCCAACCUCACCUACAUGGACAUCUCCAGGAAUCGUAUGGAGGCUGUCCCAGAGUGGCUGUGUGAGAUAAAGAAACUAGAAGUUCUGGACCUCAGCCACAACCUUGUUACUGAGCUCCCAUCACGGUUGCUGUGUAGCAGCAGUCUGAGGAAGCUGAGUGCAGGACACAACCACCUGCAGAAGCUGCCUGAGAGAGUAGAGCGCCCACUACUGGAGGUGUUAGACGUACAACACAACCAGCUAGCAGAGCUGCCCUGCAACCUCUUCCUCAAAUCUGACAGUUUGCGGUGCCUGAAUGCCUCGGCCAAUAAGCUCGAGCACCUGCCUCCCUCCAGCCUAUCAGAGGAGAGCAACAGCAUCCUCCAGGAACUGUACCUCACCAACAACCGACUGACUGAUAAGUGUGUUUCCUUACUGACGGGACACACACACCUCCGAGUACUACACAUGGCCUACAACUACCUGCACACCUUCCCUGCCAGUAAAAUGGCAAAGUUGGAGGAGCUGGAGGAGGUGGACCUGAGUGGGAACAGGCUCAAGACGGUGCCCACCACCAUCAUGAACUGCAGACGCAUGCACACACUCAUCGCCCACUCCAACACCAUAGAAGUCUUCCCUGAGGUCAUGCAGCUUAUGGAGAUGAAGUGUGUAGAUCUGAGCUGUAAUGAGCUGAGUGAGAUCAGCCUGCCUGAGAUCCUGCCUCCUAAACUCCAGGAGCUGGACCUGAGUGGCAACCCUCGCCUCAACCUGGACCACAAAACCCUGGAACAACUCAAUAACAUCCGCUGUUUCCGCAUCGACCCGCCCCCGACCUUCUCAACCAAUGAGGCGUCAGGUGGGCCGGCUGUGUGGAGUCAUGGUUACACAGAAGCCUCGGGUGUCAAGAACAAGCUGUGUGUGGCUGCCCUGUCGGUGAACAGUUUCGGUGGGAGUCGUGAGGCCCUCUAUGGGGUGUUUGAUGGAGAUAGGAACGUGGAAGUGCCCUACCUGCUGCAGUGUACCAUGAACGAUGUGCUGGCCGAGGAGCUACACAAGACCAAGAGUGAAGAAGACUACAUGACCAACACCUUCCUCGUCAUGCAGAGGAAGCUGGGUACGGCAGGGCAGAAGCUGGGUGGCUCGGCGGCCCUGUGCCACAUCAGACACGACCCCACCGACCCGGGCGGCUGCUUCACCCUCACCGCUGCUAAUGUGGGCAAGUGCCAGGCCAUCCUGUGUCGAGACGGCAAGCCACUGCCCCUCUCCCUCCUGCACAACGUAGGCCUGGAGGAAGAGUACCGACGCAUCAGACAACACAACGCCAUCAUCACUGAGGACAACAAGGUGAAUGGAGUGACAGACUCCACCCGUAUCAUGGGAUAUUCCUUCCUGUACCCGGCAGUGAUCCCACGGCCCUACGUCUGCACGGUAACCCUCACCCCGCAGGACGAGUUCUUCAUCCUGGGAAGCCGUGGCUUGUGGGAUGCCGUGUCACCGUUGGAGGCGGUGGAGGCGGUGCGUAAUGUCCCAGACGGCCUGGCUGCAGCCAAGAAGCUGUGUACGCUGGCCCAGGGCUACGGCUGCACCGACAGUCUCUGUGCCGUGGUGGUGCAGCUCUCUGUGAGUGAGGACUGCUGCUGCUGCAGAGACCAUCACCAGCCGCCCCCCAGCCCUGUAUUGGGCGGCUACCCCUCUUCGGGGGGUUCGUCGAUAAAGGAGCGACCCACAGGGGACGGCUCCCUCCCUGUCCCCCCGUCCUCCUGCAGUGAGAUCAGCAGUGAGAUCAGUACUAGUGAGAUGAGCAGCGAGGUGGGAUCCACAGCCUCCUCUGACGAGCCUCCUCAGAGUUCCCUGGGGCUGCUGCAUGAACAACCCCACCACCACCAGCUCCACCUGCACCACCAGGCCAACCAGCUCUCCCUGCAGGCCCAGCACGCUGCCCAGCCCUGCCCCUACCCCCACCCAGGCUCGGAGCUUCCUGCCCGGGGCUGCUGUGCUCUCCACCCUGCCUGUCUGACCGGAUCCUUCCAGAGGCAGCUGUCCAGCGCCACCUUCUCCAGCGCGCUAUCUGACAACGGGCUGGACAGUGAGGACGAGGAGCCCAUCGCCGGGGUCUUCUCCAACGGGAGCAGAGUGGAGGUGGAGGCCGACAUCCACUGCCUUAGGGUUGAGGCCUCUUUAUCAUCGUCAGGACGGGAACGCUUGCUGGCCCCUCCUCCACCUCCUCCACCCUGCACCCCAGAACCACUGGAGGAAGGGGUGGAGCUAUCCCUGGGGGAGGCGGAUAUGAGGGAGGAUAGAGAAGAGGGCUGGUCAGUGGGCUGCGGCAGACCGGGAGAUGACUGGAAGGCCAUGGGGAAGAGGAGGGGGAACGGCUCUGUGGCCCCCCAGGAGAAGAGCCACAACCUGAUCGAGGUGGCAGCAGACGUCCCAUCUAAGAAGGGAGGGGGAUACUUCACGGCACCCGCCCAGCCCGACCCAGACGACCAGUUCAUCAUCCCUCCAGAGCUGGUGGAAGAGGUCAAGGAGAUCAUGAAGCAGCAUCAGCAGAAGCAACAGAAAACACCUAGCCCCGACCAGCCUGCAGACUACUAGGACUGCAGGGAAUUAGGACACACCCCGAAAUCCCUACAGUGGAGAAUCGCUACAGAGUCUUCGGACUAGCUGAGUAACCUAUGCAUCUGAAAAACAGCACCUUGCUGAGAUGUCUACAGACUACAAUCACUCAACCCCUUUCCUGAGACCACAGCACUGGAGUACCAAGCACUGUAACCUGCUCCAACUCUUUCCCCAAAUUGACCUAUAGAAUAGGACAUGCAAAUGAGCCCUUUAAGAUAACCCAUCCCUAUUGGGUAUCCUACUUAUGGACACACCUUUUAUGGUCCAAAGUAGUUCCACUACUACUCACAGACAGACUGUGCGGAACGUUGUUUUUACAUUAGACAACAAACCAAUGAGUACCUAUGUAAUCCACACUAGUCUCUCUGCAAAAGGGUUAGCCUCUCACAACACACAGUUAUGGGUAUGAUGACGUUGUUUUUACAUUAGACAACGAACCAAUGAGUACCUAUGUAAUCCACACUAGUCUCUCUGCAAAAGGGUUAGCCUCUCACAACACACAGUUAUGGGUAUGAUGACGUUGUUUUUACAUUAGACAACGAACCAAUGAGUACCUAUGUAAUCCACACUAGUCUCUCUGCAAAAGGGUUAGCCUCUCACAACACACAGUUAUGGGUAUGAUGACGUUGUUUUUACAUUAGACAACGAACCAAUGAGUACCUAUGUAAUCCACACUAGUCUCUCUGCAAAAGGGUUAGCCUCUCACAACACACAGUUAUGGGUAUGAUGACGUUGUUUUUUUACUUACCAUAUCUUUUAAUGUAAAGAAAAUUAAGUUGCUGAAAACACCUUGUUAAAUGAAACAUGGAGAACACUCUUUUUUUAUUAUCAAUGAAAUACAUUUGAAUGGUACACACCAAUAAUACCACGCUUAACUGUUGUAGAUGGGGCACUUGAUAAAACUCUUUCUUCAGUAAAUCAUGGCUCUUGGCCUGUACAAAAGGCAUAGACAUUUUUGUAGAAAUUUGAAAGACUAACUCUUAGGAGUUGCAUACUCUUUAUGGUGACCUAGUCACUUUUACUAAUCUUCUCUGAGAGAAAUUGUGAUUUUUUUUUUUCCCCAAUGAAUUGUAAAUAAGAGAAAUACUGAUGCUUUUAAAGGAACUGUGUACCCGUAUGUUUGUGGAUGGAUUUAGUGGUGUGGAGACAUGUUCAAUACACACACACAUACGUGCAUACACAGUACACCCACCCUGUUAUACAGUACAAGCACACACAAUUCACCAUGGUUCUUUUCAUUCAGUUCUGUUGAUACUUACAUUUUGGUUAGUCAGCACUCCCUCUAAUGUGCUCACAACAGACAUACACACACACAGUAUUCCGUCCCACUGCUCUCACCGGCAUGACUGUGUCCAGUUCAGUAAUGCAAACAAAUGCUAUAUUAUCCACAUGGAAAGUGAACCACACAAAACGUUCCUGUCUUUGGUAUAAUAAAUCUUACAUUUGUAA